CCAACAAUGGCGGCCAGUGUGCACCAUUUGCUCGUGUUCAUCUUCUUCUUCUUGGCGUUGCUCCCGGGAACCACGCCGCUGCAGGCCUCCCAGACGUGGACUCUCCUCAAGGUCCAGCAGCUGCUCAACCGCCCCCCGGUGCUCAGCCACUGGCGCCGCACCACAGACUUCUGCGGCGGCGCCGGCAGCGUUGCCCCGUCUGCCUCCGUCGUCUGCUAUGGCGACACCGUCACGCAGCUCCACAUCGCCGGCGCCGCCCAGGGCGCCCCGCCGCUCCCGCUCAACUUCUCCAUCGGCGCCCUGGUCACCACGCUGUCCAGGCUCCCGGACCUCAAGGUGCUCACGCUCUCCGGCCUCGGCCUCUGGGGACCCCUGCCGGGGAAGCUCGAGCGGCUCGCCGGGCUGGAGAUCGUCAACAUGAGCGGCAACUACCUCUACGGCCCCAUCCCGAGGGGCCUCUCGCGGCUCCGGAGCCUGCAGACGCUCAUCCUCGACGACAACAUGAUCGGCGGCAAGGUGCCGGGCUGGAUCGGCACCGCGCUGCCGUCGCUGGCCGUGCUCAGCCUGCGGAACAACUCGCUGGGCGGCACCGUUCCGGGCUCCCUCGGGAGCGCGCCGUCGCUGCGCUCGCUCGUGCUCGCCUCCAACAACAUCUCCGGGAACCUCCCCGACCUGCGCGGCCUGGCGAACCUCCAGGUGCUCGACGUCGGUGGCAACGCGCUCGGCCCGGCGUUCCCGCGCCUCGGGAGGAAGGUGGCGUCGGUGGUGCUCAGCCGAAACAGGUUCGGCGGCGGCCUCCCCGCCGCAGAGCUCAGCUCAUUCUACCUGCUCGAGCGGCUGGACGUGUCGCGGAACAGCUUCGUCGGGCCGUUCCCGCCGGCGCUGCUGUCCCUGCCGAACCUCCGGUACCUGAGCAUCGCCGGGAACAGGUUCACCGGGACGCUGUCCGACAAGGUGCCCUGCGGUGACAGCCUGCAGCUCGUCGACCUGUCGUCGAACCUCUUGUCAGGGAGCGCGCCGGGCUGCUUAAAACCGGACGGCAAAACAGAGACGGUGGUGCUCUCGUCGGAGAACUGUCUGGACAAGGGCGACGGCUCGCAGCACCCGUCGCCGUUCUGUCAGAACCAAGCGUUGGCCGUGGGGAUAGCAGUUCCUCACAAGGAGAGGAAGGAAAUUGGCCGGCAUGUAGGCUUCAUCGCUGGCAUUGUAAUGGCGGUUCUCGUUGCUGUCUCGCUCGUCGGCGCCAUGGCAUUCCUUGCCGUCAGGAAGAUGACCAUGGAAGGCGCAAAGACGAGGCCAUCGGCGCCAUUGGUGGACGAACAAUCUUCUUCUAGUGCCUACCCUUCCAAGUUGUUCGCCGAUGCACGUUACAUAUCACAGAGAGUGAAGCUAGGAGCAUUGGGGGUCCCACCAUAUAGAUCAUUUUCUUUGGUCGAGCUCGAGGCAGCAACGAACAAUUUCGCAAACUCAUGCCUGCUAGGGCAAGAUUCUUAUGGAGAGAUGUAUCUGGGGAAGCUAGGCAAUGGUGCCCCUGUGACAAUCAGGAGCCUCAAGGUUAAGAGGAACCAGAGUUCCCAAAGUUUCAACCGCCACAUCGAAACAAUAUCUAGGCUCAGGCAUCGGCACUUGGUCAGCGCUCUAGGACACUGCUUUGAGUAUGAUCUUGACGACUCCACCGUAACCCAAUUGUACCUCGUGUUCGAGUACGUGAAUAACGGGAACUUGAGAAGCAGGAUUUCGCAAGGAACUGAAGGACGAAAGCUUAGCUGGGGGCAGAGAAUAUCGGCGGCCAUCGGUGUCGCAAAGGGCAUUCAGUUCUUGCAUGGAGGGAUUAUACCCGGUCUAUUCGGGAAUAAUCUCAGGAUCAACAACAUUCUUCUAGAUCAGAAUCAUGUCGCGAAAAUCGGCAGCUACAAUAUCCCAAUCCUAGGAGAGGCCACGAAAUCUGAGCAGGGAGGUGCCGGAAGCAAAAACCAAACUGAUAGCACAAAGCUGGGCGACAAGGUCGAUUUAUUUGACUUUGGGGUGAUCCUGCUUGAGCUUGUAUCUGGGAAGCCAAUCACAUCCAUAUAUGAAGUGGAGAUAAUGAAAGAACUGCUGCUAUGGGCAAUGGCCGAAGAGGACCGGGCCAGGAGGAGGAGCUUUGUAGACCCAGCGGUGAAUAAGACCUGUUCGGAGGAAUCACUGAGAACCGUCAUGGAGAUCUGCCUGAGGUGCCUUGCCAAGGAGGCGGUACACCGGCCAUCAGUGGAGGACGUGCUCUGGAACCUCCAGUUCGCCACCCAGGUGCAGGACGAUUGGGAGGGGGAGAUCCGGAGCGGCGAUGGGUCCCCGGUGUCGUCCCGGGCUACCAGGUCAUCCAGAUUUAGCAGAUAGAUAAACGAGUUGUUUCUCCCAUCCAAAUCAUCCAUCGUCUGAUGCUGAAAGAUGGAGCAGCCUAAGCCUUAGAGCAGCCAGUUAUGAGUUAUCCUCCAGGAUGUGCAGAAAAAGGAGGUGUUGUUUUUGUUCCGUCAGUGUAGAGCUUUUUUUUCCCCAUUUCCUCUGUUGUUUUGCUAUCUGAAGCCUUGAUCUCAGGAGCAGAUUUUUCCCCUAAGCGUGUAAUAAUGUCGUGCACUUGUGCUGUGCAAGCACCCUUCUGUCAAGAAAAGCAAAGCUUUGUUUCUA